CCACAAUUUCCUAAAAGCUGGCCUUAACAUAAAGAACUUAGUGCAGUGAAAGGCAUGCAGGGGUAUGCCACGGGAAGGCAGCCUGAGCUCUAGCCCUGCAGAGGUGGCAGAUAAAACAGCUGCUCUCCUGUCCCUCUCUGCCUCUCCAGACUGCAAUUCCAGAAGCCAGGAAAAAUGACUGGAUGAUUCCUAGAACAGGUUGUGUGAUGCAGCAGGUGUGUGGAUGUUGAUGGUGUUUGAAGAGCCUUGUAUAGGUUCUUCUGCUGUUGCUAUAUUUUUGUGUAUCUUUUUUCAGGAGCUAAUUGAAUUUUCUGGUUGUAUUGACUUGGCCUUAGAUACAGUGAUUUAAAGGGAGCCUUAAGCUUGAGCUCUCUGAAGUGCCAUUCUUCUGGAGCAUACGGUACUGAAAUCUCUUGCCUGAAGCACAUUUAACCUCUUUGCAGUGGUCGUGUGAACAGCAGUGUAUGGAAUGAGAACGUUGAAUUGACAUUUCUAGAAAACAAACAUAAUGUGUGCCAUCCUUCAGGAAUAUUCGUUGGCCUCUCUCAAGGUUUCAUAAAUUGUGACAGUCAAUUCACUGUAUUCUGGUAGUCCUUGCAAGCUGUUCAUUUCAAAAAUAAAACAUUAAAUUCCAAGAAUUCAAAGUCUCCAAGCAACCAAACCCAGCAAACAAAACUAUUGUACAUGAUAUUUACAUCUUCGUUGCCUGGGAAUCCUGUUGCUGCUCCACACCUCACUCCAAACACUUGCUAAAAGCAUGCAAUGGUUUUUGCAGCUGCCUUGCAGUUUAGGAAGGAUCAAGCCACAGAGGUGUAGAUCAGAGAGCUGCAAUUCCUGAGUGGCUGAGGCAGCCAUGAGUAGUCGAGAGGUGGUCGUUCUGAGUGUGGGAGGUGUGAGGUUUGUAACCCGGGCUUCCACCUUGCAGCAGUUCCCUGAGUCCAGGCUGGCACGGAUGGUGAAUGACGAUGACCGGGAAUUUAAACUGGUGAAUGGAGAGUUUUUUGUGGACAGAGAUGGAGCUUUGUUUAGUUACAUCAUGGACUUCUUGAGGACUCUCCAGGUGUCCUUACCACCUGAUUUCUCAGACUAUCAGAGGCUGCAGAGAGAAGCAGAAUUCUAUGGUCUCUACCCCCUGGCCAACCUCCUGAGCCAAGAACAUUUGCUGAAGCCGAGGCUGGAGAUCUUGGAAGUGCGUUUUUCUCUCCAAGAAAUGCAGGCCUUUUUUCGGAUCUUUGGUUCCUGCAGUACCACCAUUGAGGCACUAGCUGAGCAGAUCACUGUGUUUACAGGGCAGCAGUCAGGACAGGGCUGGAACAGCCCUUUUCCUUCCCAGAAAUCGCUUGUUCCACUUCCUUUGGAAAGACCCUCUCAUCACGAUAUAGUUUUUCUCUGUGGUACUGAGUAUUCUGCUGGUGACCAGUUCGUGGCCAGGUAUGUUUCCAUAAAGCCUGAUAAGAGAAAGCUGAUUAAUGGUACUAAUGUGCUAGGCCUGCUGCUUGACUCUUUACUCAAAGAUGGAUUUCACCUCAUAAGCACCAGGACAGUCGCCAGUGAAGAGAAGGUUGAAUGCUACACUUUUGAAAGGAUGAAGAGGGCAGCAGGCCUUGCCAUCAUGGUAAACCAAACCCCAGGGAGCUCUGGGGUAGCACAGGCAAGGAGAAGCCAAGUACAGAAAGGGAAAUAAGGGCUUUUCCUUCCAUCUUUUGAAUGUAGAAGAGGAAUGUGUCAGCACUACUGGCCUUUUUUGUUGUUGUUGUUUUGGCUUGUUUGAAACUGCAGCUAUUGAGGGAAGUAACAAAUACAUUUUCUUUCAAGUACUUAGGGAAAAAAUUACUUUUUUGCCUUUUACUGCUCUACCCUCUUUAAGUAAAAGAAGCCCAGAUUCAAUACUGGGUUUGUGGACCAGAUUUCAGCAAUUCCAAGAGUUGUUUUUGUUUUUUCUCUGUGGCUAAAAUUUACACGAGGACUCACAAAGCAUCAGCCAUCCCUUCCAGAAAAUUGUUUUUAUGUUCUGUGCUAAUCUGCAAGUAGGUUUUAAAAACAUGGUAAUACGUGAAGAUGCUGCAACUGUUAUGCCAACAGUUAGGAGAAGUGGCAGGGGGAGGAAUGCAAACCCCAGUGAUUGAUUAGUGCUUCCACUCACUGACUCUCUUGCAGUUGGCUGAGAACAGUGUAAGGGGAACAUCCCAAGCUGUGCUGCUCUGUGGCUUUGUGAAAGCCAUCGCUGAGGUCUGUGACAUAAUGUAUGACUGUCUCUUGUCCUCUCCUCACACUCUGGUGGCAUUGAGAUGCUCUUUGGUUCUGAGAAUUAAAUUAUAAAGAUCUUUGUGAACAGAAGGUUAGUUAAUUUUUAGUGCUUUCACCACAAAAAGGAUGAAAAUGUGAUGAACAGCCCUUCAGAUGAAAGAGUUUGUACAGUCUCAAACAAAAUAGUGCAAAGGAUUUUUUAGUACUUGUUAAGUACAACACAAUUGGAAGGCUUAGCAGAAGUGGCUUCAAGAGCCUUGGGAAUGUUAGUCCUGUACAAAGCUUUGUAAAGAUGCCAAAAUUAGCUCAGGUACUGAGAGAGGUAAGUUAAUGAAGCUUUAUAAAUUAAGAAUCUUUUGUCCUUCCAUCAAGGCAGGAAAAGAAGAUAGCUUCAGGGAUUCAUUAGCUGCAUCUCAGUUUCGUUGCCGGUAAAACACAGAAUUCACAGAAUGACAGGUUGGAAGAGACCUUAAAGAUCAUCGAGUCCAACCCAUGCCCCAACACCUCAACUAUACCAUGGCACUGAGUGCCACAUCCAGUGUUUUUAAACACAUCCAGGGAUGGUGACUCCACCUCCUCCCCAGGCAGACCAUUACAGAACGCUAUGAGUCUUCAUGAAAAGCUUUUUCCAAAUAUCCAACCUUUAUUUCCUUUGACACAGCUUGAGACAGCACCAUCUUCCCAAGGCUUAGAACAGCCCAGGAGAACUACUUUGGGCUUUCUUGGCUGACCAGUUAGAUCUGGCUUUUCAUUAGUUUUAAAAUGUGAACACAUUACUUUAUUUGCAGCACUUGAUAAUGGGGGCAUGACUCAGCCAUCUGUUUCUUCCCUUUAGGAAUUUCAGUGAAAUGGAUCUUUCCAAACUGGAAAGAAGUGCCACUAUCGAACACCUCUUAUCUUUGGCUACUGCUCUGGGGCUUGACCUGAGUUCAGAAGCUGAGUGAGGCCCUCUUUGCUUGUUCUAGAGCUGUUUGAGUUGACAAUAAUAUGACUAUGGGACUACAUCUCCCGAGCUGCUUACAGGUUAUGUAAUGAAUGUAAGAGUGAAUGAUUCCACUUCAAACAGGAUUUUUUUGGUCAGUAAUGUCAAUGUGUUCAUAUUUGUCUUGAAGUAAGAUGUUUCUUACAGUGAGAACCAUCAUUCACUGAACAACCUCCCCACAGAUGUGGUGGAGUCUUCUUUGUUAGAAAUUUUGAAGAGGAUGCUAAAUAAUUUCAUGGAGGCACUGUGUCACGUGAAAGGCUGGACCAGAUGAUCUUUUGAGUUCCCUUCUAGCCUGGCCUGUUCCAUGAUUCUGUGCAGACCUUCUAUGAAGGUCUGUGCCAGAAAGCCUAUCAUGGUGGGCUUUGAGAUCAGACCACUGCUGAGUGACAGAGCAGACAAGCUGUGUGGGAUGACUGUCCCCACAAGUUGCUGUGCUGCAGACAAUGCUCCUUGUUUGGAAACAACAAUGUUGAUUAUUGGGUGAGUUACUGGCUGUGGAUAUUGUAGGUGGAGAGACUCGCCAAAGUGAAGCACAAGACAAAAAAAAAAAGAGCAAAUUAUUACAGGGAAAGUUAAAAAAAUAGACUUGAGGCUGUAUUUAGACAUUAUGCCCUGAAUGAUCAACCAAUAGCAGAGAUGUAAGCUGAGACAAGUUUCAGAACCCUUCAUAGUAUCAGUUACACUAUUUCACCUACCACAAAAGUAGGGACUUUGUUUUCCUUGCUGCAGCAGGCACUUUGAAAAUUGAAGUUUGGGUUCAAUUUUUUUUUUUUUUAAACAAAGUGAAAGAAAAGACAAAAUACUUCAAUUUUUAAAGAGCCCCAAAGUUUUUACCUAUGCCGUUAUCCAUGUUCCAUGUCUUUGGCAAAAUGAGUGUUUGAUACAACCAUUUUAGUAACACUUUAUGAUGGGCUGAACACAUGGGUUAAUUUUUAUUUAGCACAGCAUCAUUCUAUAAAUGCAAUAUUUGGCUCUGGAAAAUAUACAGUGCAAGUUGCUGUCAUGUAAAGAACCAUAUGUGCUUUACCUCGCCCUUGGGUAACACUGUGCUGUGGCUCUGUGCUUCUUUUGGAAGCAAAGCACAUGGCCAUCAACAAGCUUGUGUUCCCAGAGUUCUUCCAGCAUUUAUUCUUACUUAGCUCUGACCUGUCACCUUCUGUCAUUUUGUGUUCCUGCAGAGAACAUGAUUAGGCUCUUACACAAUGCUUUCACUUUGUUGGGGUUUUUUUGUUUUUUUAACUGAUAAUCCUUAAAUAAGUUUGACAGCAUGUGUGUGAACAACCUGAUUGAAAUCUGUUGAAAGCUUCUGACUGAUACCAGUAGGAUACCCAUGACUUCAAUGAAAGUUUGAUGGAAUAAAUUAAUUGAAUUGAAGCUGGUUCUUCAAGGAAAGCACCUUACUGGGUUUCCUUAUCCAGAAAAAGGAAGCAGUGAUGAUAGAGCUACAGGUGCUGUGUAGCUUCAAACUACAACUAAAUAGCAGUAAUCAUGGAAGAACAGGUGAAAUUAUGUUUAUUUGCAGACAAAUUAAUAUAAAAAUAACACUGAUUUACUAGGAGGAUCUUCAGCUGGCCUCCACCUUGCGAAGUUAUUUAUGCUACUGUAAAGUGUUGCUGAGUCAGAAUGGCAAAUUUUCUGUGCCCUCUUUGAAGUGGUAUGCAGUGUAACCUGCAGGCACCAAGGUAGGAAUUUAGAAAUAGUGGCUAAUGUUUUUACUGCUCCUUCCCUUCUGAAGCCCCAAACAAGCAGGGAUGCAGCAGAGUGCAGACUGUGUGGUAUGUGCUCAGCAGAGUUAUUCACACAGAAGGGAACAGCUGUACAAGUGAAUUUGGCUAGUAGGAACUAUGAGUCUGAGUGAUUUUAAAAGCUGCUUCCUCAAAACGAGAUUAUGUGCUAAACUGAGUACUUCCACCCAAACCUUGGCAGGCAAUUCAACUCUGGUAUCUCUCAACAUAAUCUUUGCUAGACUAGCAGUGUGUUGUAGGUGACUUGGUUGUGCUUUUACAUGUGACCACAAGUAAACCACAAGUUCUGAUUGCUCACAUCUAGCUUUCCUUUUGAUUAAAUGGGAAUGGGAUUUUGAGGCAUUGAGACUUUUCCAAUAAAAGUAAUUUGUUAUCCCUGACAUAAUCCGCUUCUUCAAGUAAUUGCCAACUUUCUCAAGACAAUUCCUUUUUUUCCUGUGAAGAUGCAAAAUUUGCUGAUUUCAGUAAACUUCACUGCUGUAUUUGCCUUUUUAUUCUUCCCUGGAUUCAGCAGAAAUGUGCAAACUGUUCCACUGCCUGUGAUGCUAAAAAAGAGCUCUCAGAGUGCUGGGGCAGCCCCCUUGCUCACUCACAAUGAGCUCUCUGUGGCUUUGUAACAGGCAAACAGAGCCAUAGGGGAAAAAGAAACUGAAUGCUGAGGCAGCACCAUUAGCCUGUACCACUCACAGGGACUGCAUGGCGUGGCAGAAGGAGACCAUCCAAAAUGAGGUGAUAGCUUGCGGGAUUUGAAAAGGCAGAUGAUUCAGAAAAACAACACCUCAUUUGCUUUACACUUUCUCAUCUUACUUUUUCCUCCUUUAUAUUUUGGUGUCAUCCUGUGUUUCUAUAUUCAAGACUGUCAAGGGCUUUGCCAGUACAAUUUUGUGAUGCUGGUUGGAUUUCCCAACAGGAUAAAGGUACCACGCACUUUUUCCAUCCCCCUCUUCUUGUACCGUCUGUGUUGACUUCCUUUUCUAGUGAUGGGUGACAUUUUUUGUGCUUUUAAGUAACUUUUUUUCUCCUUCUUCACACACUGGGAAAUCUCUCUUGUAUUGUACUUAUCCCUUUCAGGGGCAUGUCAUUUAUUUACCACUUGGAUUGUUCAGGAUUCUGCUGAUACAAGGAAGGACAGAGUCUGUUGUGAAAUACCUUCUUGUUCUUUGGGUAUUGAUUUCAAUAAGUUCAUGAGGGUUUUUUUUUUCUUUGGGAAGUGCAGUCACUGCAUUCUUAUAGGUUCUGCAGUCAGCACUCAUGUGAUUGUAUAAAUGAUUAAGAAUAGAUGUUUAAAUAAAGCUCAAUAAAUUGAUAAAAUAGACUAAGAUACUAUUUAGAUAGAUACUAUUUAGAUAGUAUCUUAGAUACUAAGACUAAUCUCUCUGUGCUGGCAUAGUGCUGGGAAAUUUUCCCCUUUACUAAAAAAUUCCAAACCCUUUUUCACUUACCUUCAUAACUGAAUUUCAUGGAAGUAGUAGAGGAUCCUCCCUACAAUGCUGUUUAUGAGGAAUUAAUAGCCAUAGGGCAAAACAAUGAUGCUGGAGUAAUGGCAACAUGCCCAAUGAUAGUAACUUCUGUUAACUUUGGAUAUACUUUUCUGCCUAGUGAACUCUUCCCGGUUUCUACCUAUUUUGGUUGGUUUCCAGCUUUCCAAUGCUCAAAAGUAACUCCCAUAAUCUGACCCGAGCAAGGCUGAUGUGCUUUUGUCAGUCUCUUGAGUGGGUAAGUCUCAGGUACAUCCAACAUAACCUAGGUGAUAUUUGGUUUUGAUCCACAGCUGAAUUCAGUACCAGAAAGCCACUAGAGUAGAUCAAAAGUCCUGUUUGAGUUCACAACAAAGAGUUCAUAACUUCGAAUAAUUAUUUUUUCAUUUUAAAUUUGUUCCUGGAUUGCUGGAAAGUGUUACUAAAUAUUCAUUGAGAAACAAGCUGGCAAUUAUCCAAGAAGAGGAGGGAGGCUCAUUGCCUCUUACUCCUUCUCUCUGAUUUGUGCUGAACCAUUGCCAGGCUUUAACUUUACAAGGUUUAUUUUUAUCGAUUUUCAACAAUAAACAGUGGGAGUAUCUUCAAUAAAAGAUUUACAGUGCAUCGUGAAGAAAUUCAACUCCCUACCACAUAUUAUAUUGAUCUAUUCCCAAAUGCUACUGAAACAGCCUAUAAAACCCCAAAUGAAGUCCAGUGAUGGAGAACUUCCUCUCUCUAGUGACAGAUGCAUAUGACUGUUAUGUCUUCAGAAGACAAUAAAAGGGAAGGGAGUGACUCUGCUUCUUUGACCAUAUCUUCAACAGCCCAGUUAAAUCUGUCAACUCAGUGUAAUCCACAUAAAUAAUGAAUUUGGGAACCAAGGGAACUGCUAGUGUGUCUGAAGAUUCCCAUUCUUUGAAGCUGCCUCUCCUGCUCCAGUCAGACCAUAAUUAGUCACAGAAGGCCUUGUUGUAACUAGUUAAUGGAUGGACCAACAAUGAUAUGAAUAGUCUGGUUCUGGCUGAAGAUAUGCCUGGAGUCUUGAAUAUUCUCAAAUGGGUGGGUGAGAUGUAAAUCACUAGUCAUCGUAUAAAAUACAAAUAAAUUUGACUUCUAUAAAAAAAUAGUCAGUUUUUUAGACCAUCAUGUAGUUUCUGCUGAAAUAACUUCCUGAAGUGUGAUAUGAUGCGUAAAUUUUUCCAAGAAUCCUUUCUCCAUUUCUACUCUGUUUUCAAUCUAAUGGAAUGGUUCAAUAAUUGGUGUCUUCUUUCUGGUCAGAAGGAUGAUGAAUGUAGCCCUAAAGGUUGGAAACUGUAAUGUGUACAAGUCUGCUGUAGAAAAUUAAUUUAGGGCUUUGCUUUCUAAGCAAGUUACUGUUACAGCAGUCAGCUGAGUGCUUGCUGAAACUGUGAAGAAUUAAACAUUGCAACAUCCAUCCUGAUUCUCCAUUGGAAAAAAAAAAAGCAAUAGAUUGGAAACAUUAAGUCUGGGGUUUUACUGGUGCUUUGGAGUCAGGAACUGAGUUUUCUUUGAAUUUCAAAGGCAGUUUGUAGCUUUCAUUGAGGGUCUUCUGAAAAGGCUGGUUUAUGGUUUUUGUUUUUGUUCCCCAGUGAUAUCUAAACUGAGUUAUAAAAUAAUUGCUGACAUACCGGUUUAUUUACAAUGUUGUAUUGAACAAUAAACAGAAUGCAUGCUGAUCCUUCCAUCCUUUAAUCUUUGUGGUUUUGCUAUGCCUUCAGCGUGCUCCUCAGUUGGGUCCUGGCAGAACAGAGGAAGGGGCUAUCUGGUAAGGGCAGGCAGAGAUCUACAGAAGGCGGCAAACUCACUUCCUUCCCAUUAUAGAGAGGAAGUAAAGGAAUAAAAUUAGGCUGGAAAUAGUCAUGGCCUUUGCAGGACCAAAGAGACACAACUUACUGU